AUGCCUGGGAGUCAGGAAGGAGAAAUCACAGCUGCAUCCCCAACCCCAACAACAGCCCCCACAAUGAGCAAGCUGUCGGCAACACAUCAUAACACAGCCCCACAGGCACCUUCCCAUCCAGCAGAACCAGCUGCCAGUGUUGGCACCGCUACGCGCCAGUCACCUGAAACAACAGCUGCUCAUUCCACAGCCUUUAACCCCAGCUUCCCAGGAACAACAAAAUCCUCUGCUAUGACUGGGGACAGUCCAGCUUCCCCUAAACACACCCAGAGCAGUGAUCCCGGAGCUGGAGCCUGCGCUUUGGAUGAGUAUCCAGUCAGUCAGGGAGUUUGUAUGUGCAAUGAGAGCUACUACGCCCAUUCAGAGCUGUCCAGGGCAUUGGUGACCCUGCACUGCUGGCCACAGAACAUCGAGGUGGUCCUGAACAGCUGCUUCCUGGAGACUCGCCACUGGGUCCUGACGGAAGGUACAUUCUCAGGAUGCUCCAGCAUCAGCAAAAUAGAACAGGGUCGCCAUGUCCACGUUUUCAUGAUGGAGAAGAAGGAGGGUACUUGUGGACUCCACCUCUCUACCAACAGCACCCACGCCCUGUACUCUCUGGAGGUGCAGCUUUUGCAGGUUCCCCCCAACUUCACCAGUAUCAACUCCACAAUGCUCAGCUUCAGCUGCACGUACCCCCUGGUGGUGAACAUCAGCCAGACCCAGCCCUACCCGGUGGUCUCCUUCCCAACCAUACAUAUUCCGGGCGCUGGGGACAUUAUCGUCAAUCUGGGCAUCUUCACGGACCCUCAGCUCUCAACUCCACUUGAGGACAGAACGGUUCCCCUUGGCAUGCCCCUCUACGUGGUUCUCAGGGCCACAAGCAGUGAUCCAGACCGAUUUGCUCUGGUGGCCAAUGAGGUCUUUGCCAGCACCAACAUCUCCAAGACAGGUUCUGUUAAGGCCACCCACCACUUUGUGAACAAUAGCUGCCCAGUCAGCAACCGGCUGCUCCAGGGCCUGCGGGCCAACGGGGUCUCUCUGGAGGUGUCACUGGCCUUCACCCUGUUCCGCUUCUUGACCAGCGAUACUCUCUACCUGCACGGCCGAGUGACCCUGUGUGACAAGCAAGCGGGACGCCCGUGCCAACCGACCUGUAGUCGGAAGAACCCACCUGGGAGGAAUAGGGCCUGGGAAAUCCGAGCGCGGGAGGGUCUGGAGCGCGGCGGUGGCUGGAUGGUGUUCGGGCCCAUCCGAAUAAGCGGCCCAACAGGCCCCUCCAAGCCGCGGAAAACAUGGCUCCUCCUGGCGGCGAGACAGGACAAGGGGCAGAAGAGAAAAGCCCGAGGGCCAGGGGAUCUGACGCAGAGAGAUCCCUGCGAACAGCGCGCAGGGGCGGGAGGCCAACGCGGCCUGACUCCCGAUUGGCCAGAGGUGGGCAGCCCUCGUAAGUUUUCCUCCCUCGGGGGUCCCCGGCGGAGUGACGGACCCUAUCGGGUAGAAACCUCAGACGCUCGAGACCUACCUCCGUUGGGGGCCGGGGAGAGCGAAGCGCGUGCGCAGAACAACUGA